AUGACCUCCAUCGACGUCGUCACAAGACACAGAAGUCGCUCUUCUCUCGAGAAGAACGACAAUAAUGACGACGCCUGGUCCCUCCUCUUCAGACCACCUCCCAACGAGACAGAGGAGGAGAAGCGCGAGCGCCUCAUACAGCAACAGGAAGCCCUCCGCAUAUCCCGCGAAAUAGACGAGAGCAUCCUCGAAUCCAAGAAGACAUGGGAGAAGAAAAAGAAGGCUAUCAAAGUGCUCCUCCUAGGCCAGGCAGAGUCGGGCAAAUCAACGAUGCUUAGAAAUUUCCAAAUGGCGUUCAAUCCCUCUUACUUCGAGGGCGAGAGAUCUGUAUGGAGAACCAUCAUCCAGCUCAAUCUCAUCGGCUCCGUCAAGAAGCUGCUCACAAUCUUGGACGAAGAGCUCGACCUCCAGAGUGCACGUUCGCCCAAAUCAGCCAGUAACUACGCGUCAACAUCCUCAGCUCCCCCACCCCCACCUCCCGUGGAACAGGGUCCCCUGACUGAUUACCACCGGAGGAUACGGCUACGCCUCCUGCCCCUGCUAUCUAUGGAGACCAAUCUCACGCGGCAGCUCCUCCCAGAGAACUUCGAUCCCAGCCGUGUGCCCGAACUCUGCGUCCGCGCGGGCAGCGCUUGGAAGUCCGUCCUCCAGCGAGUCACGGGUUCAGGACAAAAUUCAGACCAGGACCCGGACAACCCGAGACCCAGUGGACACCGCCGACCGAACACGGUCGACGCGCGCAACAAGGACGACCCUACGCUGGUGCUCGCCGCCUCCUGCGCAGACAUCGUUUCAUUAUGGCAAGACGCCGCCGUCAAGCAAGUGCUGGAUCAGAGGGGUAUUCGCAUGGAAGACCAGCCCGGGUUCUUCCUGGAUGAUACCGCGAGGGUGGCGACGGCGGACUACGAACCCACGGAAGAUGACAUUGUGCGUGCCCGGCUGCGGACAUUUGGCGUGGAGGAGCACCGGUUCGUAACGGACAAUGGCUCAGAGUGGUAUAUCUACGAUGUAGGCGGUAGUCGGAAUAUGCGUCCUCAAUGGGUGCCCUACUUUGAUGACGUCCAAUCGAUUAUCUUCCUUGCGCCACUUGCGUUCAAUCAGACACUCGAUGAGGACCGCAACGUUAACCGACUGGAGGACUCGAUACUGCUUUGGAAAGAUGUCUGCAGGAACCCACUUAUGGCACGUGCCCACAUCAUCUUAUUCCUGAACAAGAUGGACAUCCUGGACAAGACGCUCGCGGCUGGCAUCCAGGUCAAGACGUACGUCCCGAGCUACGGUUCGGCGCCAAACGACGUGCCUCAUGUCACAAAGUAUUUCAAGGACAAGUUCAAGGCAUACCAUAAACGACUUUCGCCGAAACCGCGUUCAUUCUUCUGCCACGAGACGUCUGCAAUCGAUACACAGGCGACGCAAGCCGUGCUGGUCGGGGUACGGGAGGGUAUCCUGCGUAACCACCUCGAGAAGCUGAACGUCAUCUAAGCUCGCGCUAUGUCAUGAUGACAAACGAACGCAAUUUCGAGUCGCCCAUCUUCAAGCCCGCGCCCUCAGACACAUCACCGGACAAUCGCACAGCACCUCAUCUCCCGCUUCUAUCCUCAGACACCUCACAGCAUGAUAUCCUCUCACGAUCGGCGCACCGCCACGCUUCAUCCAUCCAUCCAUCCGCCCACCCGUCUCAUGACUCUCAUCCAUCUAUUUCCUCACUCAUGCACCUACCUCAACGACCAUCGUUUGUUGUUGUUCUAAUAUUAUGCAACACCUUGUAUCUGGCUUAUCUAUUUGGUCGCCUCGUUUUCUUGUAUAUGACGUUCCCUAUUAGCUGAACCGGAUAAUGGCGCAGAGCAGACCGGCGUGCGGGCCGCAUUGCUGGAUGCUGUACAUACUUAGACGAUUGGGAUAUAAGAGGAGAAGAGGGCUUGUCAGUGGCCUGGGGCUGGGGCUGGGGCUGGGGCUGGGGCUAUGGUGCCGAUGGUGUAGGAGGAUGCACAUAUGUGGACACAGGUGGACAGUAAUGCGUAUAAUGUUUGGACGUUUAGAUCUCCUUACGUUUUUUUUUUGGAUCGAUUGACUGUAUGUAUUCUCGCUCACGCCCAACUCGACUCGGUAUAUGUUAUAAUCACC